AUGAAUCAAUUCCAGUUUGGCGACUCCGACGGGUCUGCCUCCGACCUCGACGAAGACCCCUCCGGCCUCCCCUUCCCCGAACCGCUGUCCCGCCUCUCGUUCCUGGCCCCUGGCUUUGAUCCGGCCACUUUUCUCUCGUCUUUGACGAAUCGCCACCAGAGCCUCGAGGAUUUGCGCCAGGAGCUUCGGAGCUUAGAGCAAGCUUUGAAUAAAGAGCUGUUGGAUUUGGUGAAUGAGAAUUACCAGGACUUCCUGUCACUUGGCACGGCGCUUCGCGGGGGUGAGGAGAAGGUUGAAGGAGUCAAGGUCGGUGUGCUUUCUUUCCAGCGCGAUGUCAAAGCAAUUCGAGACAAAGUCGAAGCGCGCCGACAGGAAGUCGACGAGCUGCUGAAUGAGAAGCGUCGAUUGCGAACCACAGCCGACAUUGGCAAGGACCUGCUGGAUUAUGCGGAGCGGGUCGAGGAGCUCGAACACCGAUUGAUGAUUGGCGACAAAGCCUCGAAAGAGAAUGCCAACUCAGACGAAUCGGAUUCAGAGUCCGAUCUAUACAGCGAGGAGGACGAGGAGAGCGACGAUGAAGAGCUGGCAGAUGGCACACCCCCAAUGUCGCUGGCGAGACUUGAACGGCAUGCCCAGAAAUUCGUCUACCUGACCUCUAUAGCGUCCCGGGUGGGCGACACACAUCCAUUCCUACUUGCGCAACAACCCCGAGUCGCCAAGAUUAAGUCGACGGUGCUCCUGGAUCUUAAAACUGCUCUGGAGCAGGCGACUGCGAGUGGAAAAGGCGGCAAACGGGACGCCCGCACCAUGGCUGUCUUGCGGCUCUAUGACUUGAUGGGCGAGGAUGUCAGUGCCGUCGCUGCAUUGAAGAAUCUCAAGCUGUAA